UUUUUCGAUUUCGUUGGCACGGUGAUAAUUACAAAUCGUUUUUGAAUUGAGAGAUGCUUGACAAAGAUCAUAAUCAUAUGACGGGAAUUCUUGAUCAAUACGAAGUUGUUGAAUGUUUGGGAAAAGGAUGUCAAGGAACAUCAUAUAAAUGGUGAGAGAAAAUUUCACAUUCAGAAUCCUGGAAAAAGAUAGAGUGUAGAAGUCUAGACCAUGGAUAUUUAUUGUGUGAGGAGUUUUAUCAUAUUCAGAAGUUUAUACAUCCAUACUUAUCAAGAAUUUUAGAAAUUCAUAUGUCAAUGAACUCAGAAAACUCGGCAAUUUAUGUGUCUGUUAUCCGUAACUAUAUCGAUCUGCCAAGCUUAGACUCCAUAAUUAAAGACAUAGAAAAAUCUAGGUUGGAGUGGAAUUUAAUAUACCGAAUGUUUGGAAGCGUACUGACUGUUAUAACUUCACUGAAAAAAGCGAAUUGUGGCUCUAUCUAUUUUCAUCCUGGUAAUAUUUUUCUUAGUGAGAAAGGAUUUUUUAUGACGGAUAUUUGGGGUCCGAAUCUGAUGAAGUAUGCUCGUGGAGUAGAUGUUUAUGUGCAAUCAUUUGAAUACAUAAUGAAUCCUGAUCUUUUAGGUGAAUUAGCCAUUGAAUGUCCUCCAGAUGAACUCCCACGAAGACGUUUACCCAGAUACAUUGAAUGGUGUGCUCCUGAAACAAGUCAGUUUGAAUUUACUGAUAAAUCUGAUGUAUGGACUUUGGGGUGUAUAAUCACUAUUCUAAUAUAUAUUAAAUAUUUAUUCAAAAAUAAAGAGAUUUUAGCAGUUGAUCAACUCAAAGCAAAAGAAAAUAUAUUUCACCAUUUAUCGUCUACAGAAGAAUUAGAAACACACAAAGAACUGUUUAGGUUACUUUCUCAAAUGAUGAAAAACAAUCCAUCUGAGCGUAUAAGCUUAAAUGAUCUUUUAGACGAUUUAUAUGUUCAAGUACUUUUGAAACAUACAAAUCCAGAAUUUAUUAUGAGAGCUAAACGAUGCAUUGUAACAGUAGCUGACAAGCCGUUCCCAGUGAAUGAUACUAUGGAAGCAAAAAUCAAAUAUCUUCAUGUCAAUUGGCAACAUGAGAAUUGUAUUGAGAAAGCUGUUGUUUGGUUUGCAGAAAAUAUUCUAAACGAUAAUCAUAUUAACUUAACACAUAGAUUGUCAUCUCAUUUAUUUCAGCUAAUGUAUUUACAUCAAGCUAAUUUGUCAAUUAUUACAUCAUCUUUAAAGAUAAUAAUUCAUUCAGUUGAAAAUGAACAGUUACAAUCUAUGUUAACAUGUUCAAGACAUCCUUGUGAAGAUGUUAGCAACCGAUCUUUUUCUUCUUCUUCUUCGUCUUCAUCAUCAUCAUCAUCAUCUUUAUAUAAACUAUUAAAAGAAAGUAACCACUUUAAAAAGAUUUGUAAAAUAUACAAUUUAUAUCUUGUAUUAAUCAUAAUGCAAAACUAUUUACAACAUGUCAAUGCACAGAGAUUAGGCUUAAAAUUUUUCAAUUCACUUAUCCAUAGAAAUUAUUCUACAUUUAUCAAUUUAAAUAUAAUAAAUGAUUAUUUACAGAUAAAUAAUAAAAUAUUUAAAAAGCUUCAUACCAUUAAUUUAUGUCAUCAUUUGAUUGAAUUAUUAAAUUAUACAACUAAUAAAGAUAUAAUUAAAAUAGGUAUUAGUUAUCUAUGGAAAUUUUGUAUAUAUGAACCGAUUGCUCUACAAGCAGCCGAUAAAGGCGCAUUAUCUAUCACUGUGAAUCUAAUGGAGUCUAAUCAUUUUGACAGUGAAAUUUUUGCCAAUGGUUCUAUGAUUAUUGUAUCUUUAUUACGUAUUGAUAAAAUUAAAAGGCAAAUUACAAAAUACAAUAAGUUAAUGUAUAUUCUACUGCAUGGUUUAAUUCAAUUUAAAAAUUUACCAAUAACUAUUUGGAAUAUAUGUCUAUGCUUACAAAUUGUGAUAUCUUUGUCUGGUAAAUUGAUGAAAAUAUUUCUGAUAACAAUAAAAGGAGAGAAUUCUUGUCAAUUUUAUGCUUAAGCAAAACUUAAGCAAUAAAAUAAUUAUAA